AUGGUUAUCCAAGCAGGGCCAUUUAUCAAUGCAAGGGUCGGUGAAUUAGAUAUUAUAAGAUCAGGAUGGCGCCACUUGCAACGCGCAAUGCACGACGAAGAUCGUGUAUCAUUCGAGCAAAUGAUCAACACUCCUGCAUUCUGCGUCAAGAAAUUUGAGGAGAUGUUUCUUCUCAAGAGAAUCAACCCUUAUGCACAAACGGAAGAACUUCGAAUCAUGACUUUCGAGCACUCUGAAUGCAACUGUAAAAGAGCUCGGGAGGGUCAAGAUAUUUCAGUAAUGAAGAAUCAGCUCUCUGAUUUUUUGAAGAAAUGGGACAACCUCUACGAGAAACUCAAAUCUGUUCGCCUCCCAUCCGGAACUGUUCUCCAGAUGGACGAUCUUCACCAAACGACCACCGAAGAACUGGAAAAAUUGGUAAUUGAAGAGCGCCCAACAGAGAAAAUUGUGGACACCAAAACCGUUUCAAACUUGCCAACCGUACAAACCGAAGAUCACGAGAAACAUCCAAAACAGACCCAUCACAUAAAUGCAGUUGCUGAACAAUGUCUCUGGAAUGUCGCUCAUAUUUCGGCGAAACCGACGCAUCCGGAAAACAUGUUUAAGGAAGAUCAUGUGCACAGUGUUAGUAACAUUCUGGAGGGCAAGACAGAGUUUGAACUAGGUGUUGUCGAAAAAGAUCCAGAUGUAAAACAAUCUGAAGGAAAAACUAAAGUUAAACAUUUUGAUACUGAAAUCACAACAAAGUUGGAGCCAGGAAAUAUUUCAAUAGUAACGAAGGCUGUUGAAGAAAAGACUGAUAUCUCCAUUGCCAGUUCCGAUAUUCUCAGUCCAGCAAUCACGGAUAAUGGACGGUCAGCAGGAACUCCGGAUUCUGGAAUGGUUUCUGAUAUUUCCGAGAUCAAACUCACAGAUGCUGAAAUGGGAGUGAUCGCUCUUCCAAAACAAAAAGAUCCCGCAAAAUUGACUGGGCGGGAUGGUAGAAGAUACCGCCAGAAACUUCGAGAAGCCGACCAGGCAGCUGGGGCUUUGACAACACAAGAAGAGACGCCUGAAGAAGACGCUGAAGGUGAAACAUCAAAGCGUGGCAGUUUUCUGUCGGAGUCAACAGGAUCUGAACAAGCAACUCUUAGUGGAAAAGAGAAAAGGCGUUUGAAAGACAAACUCAGGAAGGAGAAGAAGGAGCAAGAGAGACUUUUGGCGUUGAAUAAAGCUGAAGAGAAUAAAGCAGAGCCAACUCCCGCGGACGGUGCGAUCGCGGAUGUGAACCCUGUUGAUCCAAAUAACGCACAAAACGAUUCUAAGCUAGCGACAAAACCCGCGGAAGCUGUUGAACAAAAAUUGGUUCAGGAGCCGCCAGCUGUCGAGGAGUCUACUGCAGAUUCUUCCAUGGAAGCAGCUGAAAUUCUCAGCAAUUUUGCUAACACUGUUGUAGAUACAUCUGAAACUGCACCAAAAGAGAUCGAGGGUCCAAUCGAAAACAGGACGGAGGAUGAAACUCAAGCCAAAAAUAUAAGUAAGAGGCAAAAGAGAAAAGCACAAAAGAAGGCUGCAAAGGGUGAAUACGUGGUGAAUGACAACCAUUCUCAUUCUGUGGAGUUACUGCCGGGUGAAUACAAACUAAUGCAAGUUGACCAUCAAAGAAACAUACACGAGCUCAAUUUUGGUGGCGGAACAAGCAGAGAAAUUGAUGUAGAUCAAAAAGUUGAAGAGAAAAAGCGGGAAAAUGAAUCGAAGGGAAGAAAAAGAAAGAUGCAAAACCUAUACGUGCCAAAUGACAUUUCACAAAACAUAUUGGACAAAGGAAAGUGGUUGGCUUAUGUCGUUGAUGACAAAAACCCGAAUGGAGUUCCAAAGUGUGGGGAAGUGAGCUCAGAAGAGAUGAAAGAGACCAUGAAGAUACUCAAUCAAAAGAUGACUCUAACUAACGUGCCGGUUCUACCGGACGGAUACAUCGAUGACGUUAAUUACUUAUGUCCGAACAACUCAAAACACUUCACAACCACCAUCAAUCAAUUGCUACCGGAGUUGAAUGCUGACAUAAUCAGAAGUAAUUUCUAUGACGAGGUCGAUUCAAGUUUCAUUUUUGGACCAGCGCCUGAAUCAGAUCAAGCAGACCCUUCAAUUGAUGACUUGCAAAUUUUGUUGAACUCAGAAGGUGACAAUGUGGUUUUCCAAACUGAACUCGCUCGCCGAACCGCUCCAGUAUUCGCCCAAAAUCAGCAGUUCAGAGAGUUCUGUAAGAAAUAUGCAAACUCGAAAUACGACCCAAAAGUGAUCCACCGUCUUGUCAAGAAGUAUACGGAUGCUCGAAUUAUCUUCCAUUACGAGCGUUUCAAAAAGUUUGCUGACCGUGAAUCUCGAAGAAAGGCAAAGGGUUGGUCACGCAUGAAUGAUUGCUCCCCCUACGCAUUGAUGAUCAUGCUCUACAUCAAUACACCAAAGUCAGAUGUGGGAUUUGCCGAUAUUGAGACCGUUCUCUUCCCUUCUCCUUGA